AGUUCAUUUUGAAUCAGCACGUAAUAAAUUACUCUCUCUCUCUACCCGAGCUGUUAUCACCUCGCUUCGUCUCCUUUACCGCGAUAAAUACGUGGAAUCAAAUGACCUGAAGAAAACUCUCUCUUUCUCUCUCUCUCUCUCGUAUCAGGGACCUCAAUGCUUGCGUCAAUGGCGAAAGGGGCAGCAGGUGGUGCAGAAGAUGAGGAGCUUAUCAGUGCAGCUGAUGCUGCAUUAGAAGGCUGCAAGGAUAGGAUCACAAUGGCGAUUAGAGUAGGCAAAAGCAGAGGAAUUUGGGGUAAAUCCGGCAGACUGGGUCGACAUAUGUCGAAACCUAGGGUUUUGGCUCUCUCUACCAAAUUUUCUUCAAAGGGUCAAAGGACAAAAGCUUUCCUUCGUGUGUUGAAGUAUUCUUCUGGUGGGGUUCUUGAGCCUGCAAAACUUUACAAGCUCAAGCACCUGUCAAAAGUGGAGGUUACUCCAAAUGAUCCCAGCGGCUGCACAUUUAUGCUGGGAUUUGAUAAUCUCAGAAGCCAGAGUGUUUCACCACCUCAAUGGACCAUGCGCAACAUUGAUGAUAGGAAUCGCUUUCUUGUUUGCAUUUUGAACAUGAGCAAAGAAAUACUGGGUCGUCUUCCAAAAUUGAUUGGAAUAGAUAUUGUAGAGAUGGCUCUUUGGGCAAAGGAAAAUACACCAACUGUUACCACUAAAGCAAGUACUCCUGAUGGUCCAGCUGCAUCUGUUAUGACACAAAAUGAUUUGAGAGUAACUGUAGAAAGAGACCUUGUUUCACAAGCUGAAGAGGAGGACAUGGAGGCUCUCCUUGGAACGUAUGUAAUGGGUAUUGGAGAGGCAGAGGCCUUUUCUGAAAGGCUGAAGCGAGAACUACUUGCUUUGGAAGCAGCUAAUGUUCAUGCCAUUUUGGAAAGUGAACCUUUGAUAGAGGAGGUUUUGCAAGGACUAGAAGCAGCAUCAGUUUGUGUGGAAGACAUGGAUGAGUGGCUAGGUAUCUUCAAUGUGAAGCUUAGACACAUGAGAGAGGACAUUGAAUCAAUUGAAUCUCGGAAUAAUAAGUUGGAGAUGCAGUCUGUAAAUAAUAAAGCACUCAUUGAAGAACUUGAUAAGCUUCUUGAAAGACUGCGUGUCCCUUCUGAGUUUGCAUCAUCGCUAACUGGGAGUUCCUUCGAUGAGGCACGCAUGCUUCAAAAUGUUGAAGCAUGUGAAUGGUUGGCUACCGCAUUGCAUGCUCUUGAAGUACCAAAUUUGGAUCCUUGCUAUGCAAAUAUGCGCGCUGUCAGAGAGAAGCGUGCGGAACUUGAGAAGUUAAAAACUACAUUUGUAAAACGAGCAUCUGAGUUCCUGAGAAACUAUUUUGCUAGUCUGGUGGACUUUAUGAUUAGUGACAAGAGCUACUUUUCUCAGCGUGGGCAGUUGAAAAGGCCUGACCAUGCUGAUUUGAGGUACAAGUGCAGGACAUAUGCACGGCUUAUGCAGCAUCUAAAGAGUCUAGAUAAGAGGUGCCUGGGCCCUCUGAGAAAAGCUUAUUGCCAAUCUCUGAACGUUCUGCUUCGACGAGAGGCUCGUGAGUUUGCAAAUGAACUUCGUGCUAGCACCAAAGCAUCGAGAAAUCCUACAGUCUGGCUGGAAGGCUCUGUAGGAUCCAAUCAAACAGCAAAUAAUGCAGAUACUUCUACAGUCUCUGAAGCUUACUCAAAGAUGCUGACUAUAUUCAUACCUCUCCUUGUCGACGAGAGUUCAUUCUUUGCGCAUUUUAUGUGCUUUGAAGUUUUGGCACUUGUUCCACCUGGAGCUCCCUCUGCUAAUGCUGACAAAAAUGGAUCCAACAGUGAUACUAACGAAGACGAUUUGAGUCCAAUAGACCUUGACGGAAAUGACAUCAAACCUAAUAAAAAUUCAGCUGAGCUGGCAGCAUUGAAUGAAUCACUUCAAGAAUUACUAGAUGGAAUACAAGAUGACUUCUAUGCUGUUGUGGAUUGGGCAUACAAAAUUGAUCCUUUGCGUUGUAUAUCCAUGCAUGGGAUUACAGAGAGAUACCUUUCUGGCCAAAAAGCUGAUGCAGCUGGAUUUGUCCGUCGCUUACUUGAUGACCUAGAGUCGAGGAUCUCUAUGCAGUUUAGCAAGUUUGUGGAUGAAGCUUGUCACCAAAUUGAAAGGAAUGAACGAAAUGUACGGCAAAUGGGUAUUCAGUCAUAUAUCCCAAGAUUUGCUACUCUUGCGACUCGAAUGGAGCAAUAUAUUCAAGGACAGUCCAGAGACCUUGUUGACCAAGCAUACACAAAAUUUGUUAGCAUAAUGUUUGUAACUUUGGAGCGGAUAGCCCAAACUGAUCCAAAGUAUGCUGAUAUGGUACUUUUAGAGAAUUAUGCUGCUUUCCAAAACAGUUUGUAUGACUUGGCUAAUGUUGUUCCGACCCUCGCAAAGUUUUAUCAUCAAGCAAGUGAAGCAUACGAGCAAGCUUGCACACGCCACAUCAGUGUUAUUAUAUACAUUCAAUUCGAAAAGCUUUUCCAAUUUGCUCAGAAAAUAGAGGAUUUAAUAUACACAAUUACUCCAGAGGAGAUUCCUUUUCAACUUGGACUAUCAAAGAUGGACCUUCGGAAGAUGUUAAAAUCUAGUCUUUCUGGGGUGGAUAAGUCUAUCAGUGCCAUGUAUAGAAGGUUGCAGAAGAAUCUAACAUCAGAGGAGCUGCUUCCCUCUUUAUGGGACAAAUGCAAAAAAGAGUUUCUGGAUAAGUACGAGAGCUUUGCUGUAUUAAUUGCCAAGGUAUACCCCAAUGAGACGAUCACUUCUGUUGAUGAGAUGCGAGAUCUGCUUGCUUCUAUGUAGGAUACCAGUCUUCCUAAUGUACAAAAGCUGCAAUUUUUAUGUAAUUAUGAGGUAUGCCCAAUGUUUUGUAGAUUAAAAUAUGUGCUAUUAAGACAGAAUUUGUUCUGUGGUGUUUUAUCAUUCGAGUACUGUAACCAGGCAUGGAAGUAGCAGUUUUAUUAUCACAGUUUUCCAUUUAUUUGUUCAUUUUUCACACUUAAGCAUGAAUGUGGUAGCUUGUAA